GAGCAUAGUACCCUUCUUGAAGAAGUAUGGAAUAGACCCUGCCACUGGGGAGAAAUUGAAUGCCAAAGAACUGACCAGGCUCAAUUUUCAUAAAAAUGCUGAUGGGAGUACCAUUGCCCCUGUGACAUUUAAAGUUUUCAACGAGAACACUCAUAUUGUGGCUGUUAAACCAACUGGCAAUGUAUUUGCAUAUGAGGCUGUGGAGAGGCUGAACAUGAAGGCCAACUUCUGGAAGGAUCUGAUCUCGGACGAGCCGUUCACCAGGAAAGAUCUCAUUACAGUUCAGGACCCUUCCAAUCUGGACAAAUUCAACAUUCAGAAGUUCUACCAUGUACAGAAGAAUCUCAAGGUCACAGAGGAUGAUGAAGACAAUAUUCAGCAAGAUCCUAAAAACCGACUGAAGACCAUCAACGCUGAGACCAAAGACAUCCUUGAAACACUGGAGCGUGAAUAUAAAGCACCGGAAAAGAUUGCGGAAAACAAGAAAGUUGCUGACAGGUUCAAUUCUGCCCACUACUCUACGGGUGCUGUUGCCGCCUCCUUCACCUCCACAGCCAUGGUGCCCACCACUCAACAUGAAGCAGCAAUUAUUGAUGAGGACAUCAUUAGAUAUGCACGAAUCAAAAAGAAGGGCUACGUGCGACUGGUGACCAACUAUGGACCUCUCAAUCUAGAAUUGCAUUGUGACAUGGUGCCCAAAACAUGCGAGAACUUUGUCAAGCUCUGCAAGAAAGGUUACUAUGACAACACUGUCUUCCACAGACUUAUAAGGAACUUCAUGAUGCAAGGUGGAGACCCAACCGGCACUGGCACUGGUGGGGAAUCUUCCUGGGGUGGCAGCUUUAAGGACGAGUUCAAACCCAACCUGAGCCACACUGGUCGCGGAAUUCUCUCCAUGGCAAAUUCAGGGCCACACACAAACAAAUCUCAGUUCUUCAUCACAUUCCGAUCAGCAAAGCAUUUGGAUGGAAAACACAGUGUUUUUGGAAGAGUUGUGGGUGGACUGGAGACUUUGGAUGCUGUCGAGCGGUUUGAGGUUGACAAGAAAGACAGGCCUAUUAAAGAGAUCAAGAUCGAGGCCAGUGCAGUGUUUGUGGACCCGUAUGAGGAGGUGGAUGAGCAGCUGUUGAAAGAGCGGGAGGAGGAGCUUGGUCGCCAGGCAACAGCUGAGGCUGAGAAGAGAAAGCCCAAGAGUCGGAAGGAGGAGCCCACACUGGUCACGAAGACUUUCACUGCCGGGGUGGGAAAGUACAUCAACCCCACUGCUGUGAAACGACAAAUUUCAGAAGCUGAAUCAAACGCCACAAACAGCAGCAAGAAAAAAUUUAAAACUAAAACCAGUCUAACAGACUUCAGUGCCUGGUGAAUGGACUAAAACCAGUCUAACAGACUUGAGUGCCUGGUGAAUGGACUAAAACCAGUCUAACAGACUUCAGUGCCUGGUGAAUGGACUAAAACCAGUCUAACAUACUUCAGUGCCUGGCGAAUGGACUUCAUGGCCUUUAAAGUAUCAUGGUUAACAAAGAAUAUGGAUUGGCUGCUUAUAUUCAGAUUGAGAUGCUAUGCUUGGGGAAAAAUGCUGAUCAGAGAGACAAAUUCUAGGUAAAUAAAUGAUGGUCCAAUUCAAAAUGUACAAUAAUGAUAGACAUCUGGGAUAUGGAAAGUUUGUCAAUGUGAUUUAUCCCAUUUUCACCGCGACAUUGACGGUAUAACACGUUGUGGAAUAUACUUGCUUGUAUUCAACACUGUGGAAUAUACCUGUCGCGUGCACGGACUACUUUUUAAAUGACGUCAUGCGAUAUGCGCUAAAAUUAGGUCGAUAUUGUUUGGUUCAUUGAUCGAAUUUUAAGGUCACCCAUGAAAAGAAAAUGUGCAUAUUUUGCAGAAAAAAAUAUUUAUGACAUAUUCACCAAAAGAAAUGUUGAAAUAAAAUUACACGAUUUU